AUGACCGCCUCUGGGGACCAAGGUGAUAUUGAAAACGGGAUCUCUCUAAAGGGAAUCAGAUCUUUAGAAGUGGACCCAAUGUCCAAGAUACCUAUUACGACAAUCACUACAAACGGCGACGUUCUGAAAAUCAGCAAAGAUAACUCGGACAUUAAGAAGACUAGCAUCGAUGUAGAAGUCCCAAAAGAACAGACAGCCACGGAAAAGAACGAUCGCCCUGGAAUAUGGAAGCGACAAGUGGAGAAGACUGAGACGGCCAUUGGCAACUUCUGUUGUCGCCGAAAGAAAGUCAUUUCCCUUGGGGCAAGGAUUGUUACGCUGCUGUGCUAUUUUACAUAUUUUACUUACUGUGUUUGUUACAGAUACUACGAUGAAGGCUCCUACAUCCUCACAGUCAUCAGUGCACUCAUAAUCACAACAAUCAUCUACGACAGCGUCAUCAGCAAGUACGUGCCGCGAGCCUUGGCAGCUGUGUUGCGCUGUUGGACCACACCAAGUUCCAAGCGGUUCCGAACAGUGCUGCGAUAUGGCUUGUAUUUAGCUUUGUUCUCACUCACCUGUGUCUACCUGGGAGUGGAUAUACUAAGCACACACCCGCAGAAUGCCCAGGCUCUGGGUGGAAUCGCCGCCCUUGUGGUCCUCUGUUUCUUGGGCUCCUACAAACCAAGCAAGAUCAACUGGCACCCUGUGUUCUGGGGUUUCAUCCUACAGUUCCUGUUUGCAGUGCUCACUCUUCGGACUGUCGCAGGGUUCCAAGCAUUCAAGUGGAUCGGGGACAAAGUAUUUGAGUUUGUGAGGCUCUCAGACAAAGGAACGGCCUUCGUGUUUGGGGACACCUUCAAACACAAUACAGCUGGCUUUUUCAUUGAUUCUGCAGGUGUUAUUGUGUUUUUCAACUCGUUCCUGUUUCUGAUGGAUCACUUGGGAGCUCUAGAGUUCGUUGUCCUGAAAAUUGGCAAAGUGUUGGCCUUGUGUUUGGAGACAGGCCCCGUGGAGUCGGUUGUGGCGGCUGCCAAUAUUUUCAUAGGCCUGUCAGAAGCUCCCCUCCUUGUACGACCAUACCUGCCAACGGUAACCAGGUCAGAGCUGCACGCCAUCAUGACCUGUGGUUUUGCAAGUAUUUCCGGGGCAUUCAUGGCGAUGUUCAUUAAAGCUGGGGCCCCCGCCAACCAUCUGCUGACGGCGUCUGUGAUCUCAGCUCCAGCCGGGUUGGCCAUCUCCAAGCUGAUGUACCCAGAGGUGGAGACGGUCAACUAUGACAGCCAAAGUGACGUGAAAAUGAGGGACACCUCAGAGAAACGAAACGCCCUACAGGCAAUCUCUGAAGGAGCCACGUUCUCCAUCAAGCUGGUGGGUUCCAUCAUGGUCAACAUGUUGGCCUUCGUGUCCAUGAUGAACCUGGUUGACCACCUGUUGGUGUGGAUUGGAGCCCGGGCUGGAGUGGACAACAUGAGCUUUGAUUUGAUCUGUUCCUACAUUCUCUACCCGUUGUCCUACAUCAUGGGAGUUCCCGUCGGUGACUGUGGAAAAGUGGGAUCAUUAAUUGGGAUCAAGAUGAUAGCCACGCCCUUUGUAGCCUACAGGGAUCUGGGGAAAAUCAUUCAAAACCGUCUAGAUUUUGAGCAAUACACGUCAGUCGCUAACAACACCUGGCACUGGUCGGGGAAAGAUGUUAUUCUGGACAGCACCAACCAAACUCUCUACAACGGCUUUCUCAGUGAAAGAGCAGAAGUCAUAACCACGUACGCCCUGUGUGGGAUCUCUGCGUUUCCCGCCAUUGGCUUCUCUAUGGGCACCCUUAUACCCAUGUCGCCCACACGCAAGAAGGAUGUGAUGAGUGUCCUCAUUCGGGCCUUCAUUGCUGGGAAUCUGGCCAACUUUGCCACAGCCGCUGUAGCAGGUGUUCUCUUCACUCCUAUACAUACGUAA